AUGGUGUGCAGGCUCCGAAAAUCCCUUUAUGGUCUCAAGCAGUCUCCAAGGGCGUUGUGUGAUAGAUUGACUCGAGUUGUAAAGAAAGACGGGUUCAACCAAUGUCAAUCAGAUCACACUAUGUUUGUUAAACACUCCAUGGAAGGAAAGGUAACUUUGUUUAUUGUUUAUGUUGAUGAUAUCGUUAUUACAGGAAAUGAUUAUGAUCAAAUUGAUCAUUUAAAAGGACUCUUGGCAAAGGAAUUUGAAGAUAAGGACUUAGGACAACUGAAGUAUUUUUUAGGGAUGGAAGUUGCUCGAACAAAGGAUGGUAUCUAUAUAUCACAAAGGAAAUACACCCUUGACUUACUUCAAGAAACUGGAAUGCUUGGGUGCAAGGCAGCUAAUACACCAAUAGAACAAAUAAAAGGAAGAGAAGAUGAAAGUCCACCAGCCGACAAAGAUAGAUAUCAAAGUUUAGUUGGGAAAUUAAUCUACCUAUCUCACACUAGGCCCGACAUUGGGUUCGUUGUAAGCUUGACUAGUCGCUACAUGUCAAAUCCAACUGAGUCUAACAUGAAAAUGGUGAAUAGAAUCCUCCAAUAUCUCAAAGGCACACCAGGCCGAGGCCUCCACUUCAAGAGGAAUUCAAACAGGGACUUUGAAGUUUAUACAAAUUCAGAUUGGGCAGGAUGCUCCACAGACAGAAAAUCGACUACAGGCUAUUGUUCAUUUGUGUGGGGGAACCUAGUAACUUGUAGAAGCAAGAAACAAUUUGUAGUGGCGAGGAGUAGUGCAGAAGCAUAA